CAUAGGACUGAGCUGACUGUUGACUCUAUUGUCUAUCAUUUUCCAAACCCAUCCGUACCCUUUCCCGAAGUGUCAUCAAUAUGCAUGUACCUGCAUCUGUCAAGGGGCCGCUGCUUCUAGCCGGCACUUGUCUCAUGGCUUCAUCCCACCGCGGGCUCGCCAGUGCCGCUGAGCACUUUGGCAAAGUCGACAUGAGCCUUGUCUUUCCGCAAAACGAGACAUACCAGCCAACUGCCCUUUUCCCCAUAGUAUUUGCAUUCCAGUUCGAGGACCCAAAGCUCCCCGAGUCAAUAAUCCCGUCCAUCACACUCAAUGGCUGGAAGACGAAGGACAACAAGACCGAGAUGGAGAUCUCCACAGUUGUCGACGGCAUGCGAUGGGUCGACUGGGGCAACAGCUCGGGCCUGCACUGGCAAUACCGCCCGUUUACCCGCUUCAACGAUGAGGCCAGCUGGUUCUUCAGAUAUGUCGUCGCGUGGUCCAACUGCUCGACGAAUGAGACAUCGACGGGCGGGAUUCAGGAUUCCGACAAUUUUCUCAGGGGAGUCAUCACCUUCAACAUCAGCAAGGCGGACGGCAAACCCGUCGACCUCGUCGGUGCUACCUCUGAGGAGUCCUGUGAAGCUCUUCAUGGCAGCAGCAGCAGCAGCGGCGAGAUACAGCACGCCGUGUCCGUCAACGUUGCCAGCGUCAUUGAUGCUCCGCAGCUCUGGGCGCCAGAAGUCGGCCCAGACUUUUGCGGCCAGCUGGACGAAUCAGCGCCCCUGGGUAACCCAAGUCCCUGCCAAGCGAGAAUGGAUAGGGCUGCAGAGGAGAGCAUACAAGCGUCCAUGACGAGCUGGGCUUGCUCGUUCAGGGAUGUGCCGGACGGGAUAGAGUGUCCCGCCAAGGACGAAGAAGGCAGUGCUUUGUCGAGCAUGAACGCAGUUGCUGGGGCAGUGCUAUGGUCCUCCAUAGCCACAGUUCUGGGGGGAAUCGUCUUCCAUGUCUUGUAGAACGUUGGAAGUCAAUUUGUGGCGUGGAAUAGCAGGUGGAACGUUGGGAGAAACCAUUGGACCACCUAAUUGGUGCUUCCUAGAGACAUAUUAAUGGCGUUCUAGAGCGCACCUUGCAUUAUUUCUAAUUGUGACUUUGUACCUAGACAACGACAUAGAUUAACUCGCCGUAUCCUCAUUAUGAAGCCCUGCGAGACUUGUUUCUUCAAUGAUUACAC